AUGAACUUGAGGAUUUUAUUCAUAACAGUGGCAUUUCUACUAUGCGUUCAGUUUACUCAAUCCGAAGAGGAUUACUUUUCAGCAUUCCUAAUAAAAAUCGCCUUAGAAACGACCCUAAACGAAAUCAAAAACACCGGCCACGUUGUGAUAUUUAAAAACUUACACAUUAAAACGCCCGGUAUACUCGACGACGUGAUAAUGGGAGCCAUCGGUGUAAGAAACGUAACUCUCUACGGACUGUCCACGUUGGAAUACAGCGAUGCAGUGGAUGUCGAUAAAGAAAUGGAAAAUAAUGUUGCAAUAAAAAUUUACAACAUCGAUGUUAACGCCACACUCGAGAAAAUCGGCCUGCACACUGUUUACGAGCUCGACUUGAAUUUGCUGAACGAGUUACCUUUGUAUGGAAAAGGAGAUAUUCAAUUAGAAGUCAGAAACGUUGAUAUCAAAACGAAUGCGACUUUCAACGAUAGAAAUGGUCUAAAAUUACAAGACCUGGAUUUCGACUUGACUUUCAGGAGUUCAAAUGAGUCGUAUGUAACAGGAUUUUGGCAUAAUUCCAACGUGAGCCAGUUUAUAACUAAAAUACUGAAUAAGAUCGAACGGUACAUCGCCAUGUUAUACAAUUAUCACAAAGAGUGCUUUAAGUGCAUUAUUAAACAGAUAAUAAAAAUUAUAAUAAACCACAAAUUGACCAAGGAGAAACUCACGUAUUCAAGAUGUAAAUGUUUGGAGGGCAGCGCUUUUAUCGAUAAACUACAAGAAAUCAUUAUUGCAGUGGACUCCAAAGCUAUUAACAAUAUCCUUGCACGGUUGAAAGAGAUGUUAGAGGAUAAAGAGAAAUUAAAAAAGAUAGCUAAGGAAAUUAUAUGUGCAGCGACAUUUUUCCAAAAAGCAUAUUUCGAUUUAAACAAUAUCAUCAAAUAG